UCAAUAUUUUCACCUGAAAAAAAGAUAUUAAUUAAUAGAUUUUCUUGUUAAGUUUAAACAUGUUUAAAGAUAAAUUACCAGUAAACCUUAAUUCAGUGAAAAUCAAGACUCAGUGAUCAUUUUCUUCUUUAUUCUUGUAAUAUUAAUAAUUUAUCAACCAUUCAUGUAAUAGGUCUUGCAUAUGUAAUGUUAGUGGUCUAGAUAAAAAUUGUGGGGCUUGGAUGUUAAGCAUGAAGAUUUUUCCUUAUUCUCCUAGAGAAAAAAAAUUAUUGUUAAUAAUAACAUCACCAUUUUCAUUUUAUUUUCUAGCCUAUAAAAAUAAAAGUCUUGAUUGCUUGAAUUAAUUUUUGGGAUUAAACAAAGGACUUGCAUUUGAAGAGUUAGUUCUUUGUAAAUGUUUUCCAUUUUAUGACAGAACAUAGUAAAAGCUCUUUAGAAUAAAAAAAAUCCUAGAUUAAAGUUAUGUAUGCACUGUUUUCAUUUUUAAAAUCUUUUGUUAAAUUCAAGUUUGAAUUUUGAAAACAAACUUUAUCUUAUUUCAGAUGGGAUAGCUAAGACACAAGAAAUAAUGUCGAGAGAGUGUGAGAUGAAAGAAGAAACAGUUUCCAUCGAGGAAGAAAUUCUUCCAGGUUCUACUGCAGAAGAUACAGUUUAUGUACAGGGAGAAAACAUGAAGAUGGAAAGUGAUAUUGAAAUUGUUAAUAAUUCUGAAGAACCUCUUCACUCUGAACCAAAAAGACGCAAAAAGAAACACAUGAAGAGUACAUAUGAAGGAAUGAGGUAUCACUGUGACCAGUGUGAAUAUAUUGCCAAUACUGAACCUAAUCUAAGAAGACAUAUUGAGAGCAAACAUGAAGUAUUCAGAUAUCCCUGUGACCAGUGUGAAUACGCUGCUACUACAGCAAGUGCUCUAAAGAGACAUGUUGAAAAUGUACAUGAAGGAGUUAGAUAUCCCUGUGACCAGUGUGAAUACGCUGCUGCUAGAGCAAGUGAUCUGAAGAGACAUGUUGAAAAUAUACAUGAAGGAGUUAGAUACCCCUGUAAGCAAUGUACGUAUAAUGCCACUACAACAAGUAAUCUCAGGAAACAUGUUGAAAAUAAACAUGAAGGGGAUAGAUAUCCCUUUGACCAGUGUGAAUACGCUGCUACUGAAGUGAAUAGUCUGAGGAGACAUAUUAGAAGUAAGCAUGAAGAAUUCAAAUAUCCCUGUGACCAGUGUGAAUACGCUGCUACUACAGCAAGUUCUCUAAAGAGACAUGUUGAAAAUAUACAUGAAGGAGUUAGAUACCCUUGUGACCAGUGUGAUUACGCCGCUACUGAAAUGAGUAGCCUGAGGAGACAUAUUAAAAGUAAACAUGUUAAGGAGUAACAUAUUCAUGUAAUCAUUGUGAAUACGCUGCUACUCAAGCAGAUCAUCUGAAAAACAUGUUGAAAAUAUACAUGAUGGAGUGAGAUAUCCCUGUGACCAAUGUGUGUACGCUGCUACUUCCACAAGUCAUCUGAAACAACAUAGAAAGAGGAAACAUAAUAAUUAAAGAUUGCAUAUAAGGAUUUGUUCUGCACUGUAAACACCUCAAGUUAUUUUAUCGUUGUACCUAAGAUUUUCACUAUACAUUCUUCAUCUUAGAUCAAUUAUUUAUUUGUAAUUAUCUUUUUUCACUUUCUGUUAUUUCUCUUUAUAAUUUUCUUUUCUAAUUACAAUACAAGUAAAUAAUAACAAUCAGCAAUAAUAUUGAUAUUAAUAAUAAUAUUCCUCCCCGUACCGUUUCUUCUUUCUAUAUUUCAUCUUUGUUAUUCCUCACAUCUGUU